AGCUCGCGUUGACUUGAUACAUACCAGUGCAGAGGUUCUGCCAGUAGGACUUUGUCAUCGGCUUCGGCGGCGAUGCUUGGAAGAAUUUUGAAUCAGUUUGUUGGAGGCGCGUGUGGAGUUCGGACGUGACUUGCUUGGUUCUGGUGUGUUUUGGGUUUUUUGGUGCCACUGAGUACCAGUUGGUGAUGGUUUCAACAAGCUCAAGUGGUUGGCGAUAAAGAGAACAGUGUGGUUGUGCGGUUUGCGUUUGGAUAGUGCUUUGGCCGCGUUCUUCCGUCACCGGUACCGCAACGGCUGGUGUCCUCUGCCACGGCCCGCUGAGCAAAGUGAUCAAUUUGCGUUUCCACACUUUGGCCGACGGCGGCGGUAGGCUAUUGUAAUCGUAGACGGCUGUUGUUGUGCUAUUUUGACCGGUCCGGUGGCAGGACCAUUAUUUCUCGGUGGGUUUGGCAGAAACACAGCUGGAAAUCGAAAGUGCUCGAGCGAAAGGAUUUUGCCGCAGAGAUAAAACGUUGGAAAAGCCGUUUGGUGUUUGCACGAAUAUCCAGUUGGUGUGCAUCUGCAAUAUUUGUUGAAGUGAUUAAAUUUAGUUAUUAUUAUUAUUAGGGAAUAAAUAACCACGAUACAGAAGAGUGCUAUUCGACGAAAUUGAAUAUUAUCCAUGAAGAAUAAAGAAGAUAGAUUCCAAAACCAGCAAUUAAGCCAACCGACUGUGUGUUUAGUGCAAAGAGUGAAACAAAUCGGGGUCCCGUAUUAGCAAAUGUUGUGCCACAAAGUGAGGAGGCCGGAUUUUGAGUAAUGAUUCCACUGUUUGUCGUCAUCGCCGUUGAACAUAUGAAUGGACUGAUGGACAUAUGUACUGUUCGUACAUACAUCUCCAGCGCGCUUUUCGGAUGGUGGUCGCAGUAUCGUUCGGUUUGAUAAGUGCAAAUAGCCAACAAACAGAAAAAGACGUCCGGGUGCGAAUGCGAAGUUAAACUAAUACUGGAUGAAUGUAGUUGGUGCCGCAGCAGCAGGUGAAUGAGAUUUUAGUUUGAUUUUUUUUGUGCUAUCUCACGACGACGUUGCGACGGAAAGGCAGUUUGUUGCCAGUUAAUUGCGACUUUGAACAAAAAACGUGUAGCUGAGCGGAACAUUGAUAUAGAAGCUCAUCAGUCGGUUCAUGCAUGACGAGUUCAAUAUAACAGAUCACCAAUAAUGGAACUUCUAGUUUCGCGAGACGCUGACCAGUCAGUGCCCGGUCAGCAAAUGUCAAUCGCUGUUCGACGACCAAGCAGCAAUAGCGGAAUCGUCAACCCGGCAGUGGCUCUAGAUUUAGACGACACCAUCAGUAUUAUCAGUGACAUCUCGAAAAUCCCUCGCGUCCCUGGCGACGGUGCCCAGGCGGAAGAUGUGGACCAGUGCAGUGCGGCUAAUUUGGAACUGCGAAAGCAGGAGCGGCUACCAACGUUGGCCUUCCAGCAGCAGCAAUAUCACCACGACGACCGAAGUCAGGCUCACCCGAGGAUUAGCAACGGAGAUCUGUGUCAGUCGGCGGAAGCUCGAAUAUCCUCAUCGCCAGUGGACCAGCAGAAACCGGUAAACGGCAUAACCACACCCGUCACAACGACAAUGACGGCAGGCGACGAUAGCAACGGAAAAUGUGGCCCCCCACCGGGUGGAGGACACGGCGGUGAUGAUGAAGGCGGUGGCGGUGGUUGUGGCGAGGCCAACCCAACCAACAACAGCUCCGCUCUGCCACCCCUCAGCAGUAACACCUACUCGGCCUUCAAACGGGGCAACGUUAUCAAGGGCAUUCUGUGUCCCUCGAUGACCAACUCGUUUCGGGCACCAUCCCUCGAGCGAUCCUAUCUGACCUACUCCCAUCGGCAGCGGCAAAAGUCGCUCAUCCUCGUCAACGUUGUCGAUCUGGUGCUCAAGAUAGUGCUGGCUUCCGUCUGGAUCGGAUUCAACCAUCCGCAGUCAAUCAAGCCCCACGAAAUCACCUGGUCGGUGUGUUGUGUCAUCUCGAACUUUUUGAUCUGCGUGUUGGGCAGCUGGCGGCUGUUCGCCAACAACUAUCUCCACUGGGCGGCCGUUUGCACGUGGCUGCUGCUCAACCUGCAGGGAUUCAUCGGCGAAGGGCUGGGUUUCGCCGAGCGGGAGUAUCUAAUUUGGUACGUCCUGUUCAUCAUCUUUGUGCCGUACGCCAUGCUUCCGCUGCCGCUCAAAUGGUGCAUGAUCGCCGGGUCGGUGUCGGCCAUUUGCCAUCUGAUUGUUACGACAAUCAACAAGUUCCUGCACGAAUCGGACACCACCUGCAUCGUGCGCCAGAUGAUUGCCAACUCCCUGCUCUAUCUGGCGAUCAACUUUGCCGGCAUGUACACCAAGUAUCUAACCGACCGUGGUCAGCGGUUGGCCUUCAUCGAAACGCACAAAGCCAUGGAGCACAAGCGGGAAUCGGAAAAGGAGUACCAAAGGACGCAACGGCUGCUCGACUCCAUCCUUCCGAUGUUCGUCAACAAUGACAUCCGCAAGGAAAUGUACAAAUCUCCGGAGCAGCCCCAGGUGGACACACAGUUCAAGAAGCUCUACAUCUACCACAUGGACAACGUGAGUAUUCUGUUCGCCGAUAUCAAGGGGUUCACCGAGCUGGCCAGCAAAACAUCGGCCCAGCAGUUGGUGAAGGUGUUGAACGAUCUGUUCGCGCGGUUCGACAAGAUCGCCGAGGAUAAUCACUGUUUAAGGAUCAAACUAUUGGGGGAUUGCUACUAUUGCGUGUCGAUGUUCGAUAGCCAAAGUUGGAAAAGCCGUCCGGACCACGCGGUUUGUAGCGUGGAGACGGGACUGCACAUGAUCAAGGCGAUCAAGGACGUUCGGGUUCAAACGAAUGUGGUUGACCUAGAUAUGCGAAUUGGAAUUCACAGCGGCUCGGUAAUGUGUGGUGUGCUGGGUGAAAAGAAGUGGCAUUUUGAUGUGUGGUCCAACGAUGUGAUAAUUGCCAACCAUAUGGAAUCUGGAGGAGUUCCUGGACGGGUACACAUAUCGGAAGCCACACUGAAUUGUUUGAACGAUACGUAUGAGGUUGAGCCGGGAAAUGGAGCAAGUCGUGACGGCCAUCUUAAGAUGAUGAACAUCAAGACAUAUCUAAUUAAGCGGACCGAACCGCUACGGCCGAGGAAAAGACUGAUGAACCGUAUGAGUACGCUGCAGUUUGAAAAGGAAACUAUAAAUAGGAUUAACGACGCGAGAAAUCGAAAGGAUUCAAAGACGCCGAGUGUUGCUUCUAGCGGAACCACUAACAAUAAUCAUAUCGCAAAACGUUGCUCCAAAUCGACAAUACACGAGGACGAAACAACCACGGACUGGACGCCGGAGAUUCCGUUCGGUAAUUUGAACCAUGUUGGGGUCAACGCAGUCGAAAGCUUCCGGGACAAACAAAUCUACGACACGGAGGACACGAUUCCUUCGACAGAAGAAGUGGACGAUAUCAUCGAUCAAAAUAUUCAGAUCAACUCUAACAAACAAAUGCGGGAGGAAUAUCUUUACACGUGGACGCUCAAAUUUAAGGAUUCGUCACAAGAGGGAACAUUCUGCCAACUCCGAGAAGAUAUGUUUCGCUCUAACAUGCUAUGCGUAUUCGUUGUUUGGAUUUUCAUCGUACUUUGCCAAGCUGUGAUUAUCCCCAAAUGCACCGUACUCAUCGUUUCCCUUUCAAUUACGACUUUUAUACUGACGAUUGGCUGUGUUUUGGUUAUGGCUGAAGAGUUUUCUACGCUUCCUACAUUUUUGCAGAAAAGUUCUUCCUCAUUGGUGCAUGAUCGCAAACGGCGAACAAUAUUCGUUUGCAUAACGAUCAUCCUUAUGUCCGGAGCUAGUUCGAUGGGGUUGGUCAUGUGCGAUCUUGAUGAAUCGACCAUCACUUCAUCGGAAACCAUACAUAAAGAGCCGGCCGUUGCAUAUCUUCAGAUACCAGGUGCCAAACAGGAGCUCCAACUCAAUCUCACCGUAACGGCAGCAAUCAACCAAAAUGUGAUUCUCAACUCACACAAAACCGUCAACCUUGAUCUGGACACUUUGCUCGCUGAACAGAACAAAACGCUUAAGGAUCUUGAUGAGCAAGAGCUGAAAUCCCUCGGCCUUACUCCCAUCUACAUCGAGCUUCCCCAAAAUUACAAAAUUACUUCGAUCAAUACCUCCGAUGAUCCUAUUCCUGAUAUGAUUUCCAAUCACAUUUACACGACAUUCACAGCAGUCGAUAGUGUCGGCCACCAAGUUUGUGUCCAUCCGGACUACGUGGUUUUCACCUGGGUUCUCUGCCUCAUUUCCCUUGCCACAGCCCUCAAACUCUACUACCUCGUCAAAACCUUCAUGGCCCUCACCAUGGUCGCGUGUUACUCGAUUCUCAUCCUUCUCGUGUUCAACGAAGUAUUCCAGCGGUACGACGUCCAGUACAUGCAAGCCAGUGAAAUGCCCCUGGCCGCCCAGAUGAUGAUUCUGCUGGUCGUGUUCCUAACCAUGGUCACCUACCACGCCCGCCUGGUGGAGGUCACAUCUCGAUUGGACUUCAUCUGGAAGGAACAGGCAGAAAAGGAACUGUCCAACAUGAAGUCGAAUCGCCACCUGAAUGACCUCCUGAUCAAAAACAUUCUGCCGGAUCACGUGGCGUUGUAUUAUCUUUCGGAGGAACGGGCUGACGAACUGUACGCUCAGAUGCACGAACUGUGCGGUGUCAUGUUUGCGUCGAUUCCAAACUUUCAGGAUUUCUACUCGGAGGACAUUGAGAAUGGGAAGGCCUGCAUACGAAUUUUGAACGAGAUUAUUUCGGACUUCGACUCACUGCUGGAGGAGGAGCGAUUCAAAACGGUCGAGAAGAUAAAAACGGUGGGGGCGACCUACAUGGCGGCGUCCAAUUUGCGCUCGGGAAACAAGACAAAGGUGGAUGAGAAAGACGAAGAAGCGGUUUGCGAUUUAGUGGAGUUCGCUUUGGCCAUGCGACAGAAGCUGCAAGAAGUCAACAAGGACGCUUUCAACACGUUCCAGUUGAGGGUCGGCAUCAGCAGUGGUCCCCUGGUGAGUGGAGUCAUUGGGGCGAGGAAGCCCGUCUACGAUAUCUGGGGUAACACCGUCAACGUAGCGUCCCGGAUGGAUUCUACCGGGGAGAACUGGAAGGUCCAGGUUCCGGACUAUACGGCAGCGUUGCUGCAAACGAAAGGGUACACGUGUGUACAACGUGGAGAGGUCAACGUCAAGGGAAAAGGUCUCAUGCUGACCUAUUGGGUGCUGGGCAUGAAUAUUUCAGCCAGUCAAUUAACAUCUCCGGCACUAAUGCCCGCCGGGGUGCCUCAGGUUCAGACUCCGUCGUUACAGAGACAGACUUCUCAGCACAGCUCUCUGGCCGCUGUAGUGUUUGGUAUGAUGCAAGCGUCCAAAAGAAGCAAUCAUAACACAACUCCAACCGCAACGCCGUCGCCGAAAACCCGGUUCGGGCGACGGGGAAGCACAUUCAGCUCAGUGAGAUUGAGUCAGAAAGUGCCGUCUAACAAUCCGAUCCGACGGAACACAACUCGGGUGCGAGGACGCAGCUACACAAUGAAAAAGCCAACCAUCCCCCAUUCGCCGUCGAUACCGAUUCCGACUUGUACCACACCGGAAAACAAUGUGAUACCAUCCUUUCUACAGCUGCACCAGAACGUCAAAGAGGAACAGACUGGAGUGUAAUCGAAAAACUGAGAGUUGAUUUUGUGUUAUUUUACAGAAUUCUACAAACAAUUUGCUAGAUGUCAGCAGCUUUCUGUGUAAGGAAACAAUUGGGAAAGCAUUUGCGCUCCGAAAAGUGUGCUGAAAAAAAGACAGUAGCCAAAUAUUGUAUUCUAGUCAUGAAACAGAACAAAUAGAAAAACCACUAACUUUAUACUAACUGCACAAACUUUUCCAAUGUCACAUGUAUUCUGUUUCUAACGGAUAUGCAUUACAAAACAAACUAAAUUAAAAAUCGAGUUUUCGAAAUUGAAAUCAAAAACGACAAUUCAAAGUAUUGCACUAUCUAUGAAUAGCAGUAGCAUUACAAAAGCAGUGACAAGACACCUAAAUGUGAUUCUAAAUGUAUAAUCUUUCAGUUUGAGGACUGUACUCGCUGUAAGUACUUAUAAAGUAUGAUCAAAAUUAAAUAAGCUAUAAAAGAAAAAUGCAAAGAAAAGGAAAUAAGAUGUUGUAAAUGAAAUGUA